CAAGAGUGAAAGACAGAGUAAGACCGAGAUUCAAACUCCAAAUCUAACGAGGGGACUCUCAGAGCCACGCGAGUGGCCGUACGAUACGGCACGGGUGUUUGAUAACUGUCGACAAUAGUGCACCGUGCGCCAUGUGUACUUCGACAAGUGUAACCUUUUCGUGUCUUUGUGUUAUAUUACUUUUCUCCGGAUUUAAUCUACCGUUCGGAAGCUGCCAAAACGCGGAACCGUUUGGCACUAAAAACGUCGCCAGAAAAAUUAGUGCUCUGAGGGACGAACUGCAGGCUGACGAUGCAGAUCAGUCGUACGCCUGGGAUGCGUCUCUCGGGGGUAAAAAAACGCUCGAUGAGAACGUUGGCUCUUUCUCGUCCCGGAACGCGGCGGAGGUGCCAGAGACGGAAGCGGAAACAGCGCCUCGAGCUGACGAAAAUAGGGACAAAGUUCUAGUCCCGCCGGAAGAUACUUCGACCAACUCAUCCCUUCGGUCAGGUUUGAAUGUCACGACCACACCGAUCGCCAGACGAAGGAGCAAUGGCGGUGACAGGGCACGGAAGAAACGUCGUCGCGGUAAAGAGUCGAAAUAUUCGGACGUAGGUCGGCAGCGUAACGCCACAAGCGAGAUCCGUGAGAACGAAGUCAGAGGGAAAAGGGAGGGUCAAUUGAAAAAAUCGAAAGAUUCCCGGGCAAGAUGGUACCGCGCCGAACGACGACGACGGAGGAAGAAUCGAGAGCGGAAACGAGGACGGAAGAGAACUAGACAGAACACGGAAAAGGCUGACGGCCGAAGGAACUCGAAGUUUAAAAGACGAAUGAACGAUGCGCCGGCCGCAUUGGUUCUUCGGAAGUUGUUUGACAGCCACGUGGUCGAAGAUUCUGUUCCCAGUUCGUCCAAUGUUACUUGGAAGGGUGACCAAGUGCUUCCAAGUAAUUCUACUUCGAAUACUUCGUACAUCACGUCGCCAUUCAAUCUUCAAGAUCAGUUAACUACUGAAAUCAAUAGACGAUCGUCGCAGACCACUAAACGUUACAGAAAUUAUGAAGACACGGUUGAAAGGGAAUUUUCAAAGCAGCUCGAGAAGGAGAUCUUACGGACGCAAAUGGAAGAUCCAGCAAGCUUGGAGAACCGUAUUCUAGGUAGUUCGUUGUCAAGACCGUCUCAUAAAAACACUGAACAGAGAAGAGAGAAAUGGAAAAGCAGAAUAGACAACAAGUUCGGUAGUUCAAGAUAUGACGCAGAGAAGAUGCUAGGUUAUUCAAGGACGAAGGAGGACCUACCGAUCUUGGAUAUGGAGAACGAAGUUCUGGCGAGGACACUGAAGGAUUACAACGCUUACAUGACGUCGAGUCUGAAACUGUCGAUGUUACCGUGUUGUGAUAACGUCGAACGACAUAAAACUCAGCAGGAAUCUCAUUAUCAUGGCAAACCCAUAAUUGACGGUACCGAAUUCGAAAGGUUAGCAGGAAAGAAGACCGAAGGAACGUCAACCACCACUAUAUCCUACGACGAAAAUACCAAGGGGGAUUUAUCAUGCAUAAACGGGACCUUCGUGCCUGCUCCACUGGCACGGCAUGCGCUGAUCAAAUAUGUAAAAUCAUCAGUACCUGGCCACGAAUACCUAGAAGCUGAUUACGAGUGUGCGCCAGGUUACAUCAUUGUGGGCAAUUCAAGUAGGUUGCUUUGCAAAAAUCGUCAAUGGAUAGGGCAAUCGCCGAGGUGCAAGAUCAAGCAGAUUCCAGAAGGAGUGUGUAUCGAUGCUUCGUGUGAUCAAAUUUGCAAGCAAAUCGAUGGCAAACCAGUUUGCUCCUGUUACAAAGGUUUUCGUCUGGAAGACAACAAAUGUGUUGAUGUGAACGAAUGCCACCAUGACAAUGGAGGUUGCGAGCAUAAGUGCGUGAACACGCUGGGAUCCUUUCAUUGUGAGUGUCCGAAAGGAAUGAAACUAGACGAAGACAGAUUCUUGUGCAGGGACAUUAACGAGUGUCUGUUGAACAACGGACAUGGGCCUUGCCAGGAUACGUGCCGGAAUACCAUAGGGAGCUAUCAAUGUUCCUGCGAUGGUUUACAAGACUCGGUCCUGUCGGCCGAUAACCACACGUGUCAGGAUGCAGGUCCGUGCAGCGUGAACAACGCCGGAUGCUCACACACCUGUCUCUCCACGAUGGGCCGGGUGUUUUGUCUCUGUCCUGACGGUUUUAUCCUGGAGGACGAUUGGAAGACUUGCCAAGAUGUGGACGAGUGUGUUCAACCAGAUUUGCAAACGGAAAUGUGUCGUUAUGGUUGCAUCAACACGCCGGGAUCUUAUCGAUGCGCCGAGCCAAUGGAGCUGAAAGAUCAACCGAUACUGGACAGUUUGUCGAUCACCUGUCUGCCGGGUUACGAGGCGACCCCUGAUGGAACUUGUAUCGAUAUCAACGAGUGCACGGUAGACAACGGGGGUUGCACGGAGGUCUGCGAGAACACGGACGGUAGCUUCUUUUGCGCCUGCGACGGUGACGAAAAAGCCUUGUCAUCCGAUGGGAAGUCCUGCGUGGAUGUAAAUAACGUGUCCUGCCCGCUCCUAAAUCCGGAGGGUCGAGGGUAUUUAAUGUGUUCUCGUUCGGCAACACCUAAGUCGUGGAGGGGUAGGCGAAGUGCAAUCAACCGUCCGGGUACCAAGUGUUUCUUGAAGUGUCCCUAUGGGUUUCGCCUUCACGGAGAAUACGAAUUAACUUGUCGGUCAAACGGCACAUGGGACGGGCAGAAACACGGAGAAUGUGUCAGGUACAGUAAGCCUCGGUUAGAAUGUCCGAAAGAUGUGAUCGCGGAGUUACCACCGGGCAGGGACGAAGCCUUUGUGACGUUUGAUCAACCGUCAACGGAUCUUGAUUGGUUCCGGUACGUCAGAUCGAAGCCGUCAUGGGGAACAAGGUUAGAAGCAAACCUGCCAUCCGGGACCCACGAGAUCAUUUUCUUCGCCCGACACCCGGUAUCGAAGAAGCAGGCAAGCUGCGUGCUUCGCAUUAUCGUCAAAGGUGGUGAGGCUCCAAAAGUUAAGGACUGCCCGAACGACAUAGAAGUUACGGGGAAAAAUGGGUCAACGAUAACGUGGAGCGAGCCAAUAUUCACGGAUAAUGUGAAGGUGACCCGUAUUAGAAGUAACGAGAAUCCAGGACGUCGUUUCAACGUCGGUGGUCAUAGAAUAGAAUACGAGGCCAGCGACGACGCUGGCUGGUCGAGCAAGUGCGUGUUUACCGUGGUCCUUCGCCAGGAGUAAAUCCCGGCAAGUCUGAUCAACUGAGAUCGAGUAGAAGAAUGAAACGCCGAAGAGAAGAAAAUCCAGGUAAAUGGGUAGGGUAAGGGCAAAGGUAGCGAGAUGGAAGGAUAACGAUAAGGUAAUAUAAAUGGAAAUGCUCCGGAGUCGUGUACAGCCACACUUCACCGCGCGCAAUAGAUUCUACUUUAUCCGGAAGGUUAACCCCUUUUCCUAUAAUAUCGAGUCAGACUCGUGAUGAAAAUUUUCAACCGAACUCAACAAAUCCAACGGUUAUUUAUUUAUUUGUCAUAUAAAUGAAAUAUUACUUGUCUAUUGUCGAUCUUUAACCUUUAGAGCAGGCCUGUCCCACGGUUGCUUACGGGCUGAACUUUGGACAAAGCCAAGAGCAUACGUUCCCGAAACGAGGGAAAUACACUUGUGUGAGUGUCCACGCGGUAGGGCCUUAACCAGUUAACUGCGUUCGACGAGUACAUGGGUCAUCUUAAAACUUGAAAUGAUACCAAUUUUUUCAACGACGAAUGCUUAAUUUUUUCCGAUGAACAUGUAAUUCUCCUUUCUUUUGCUUUGGUUUUUUUUAUUAAAAUAUACCCUAGACGCAUUCGUUCUGCGUUUGACGAGUAUACACUUCAUUUUUUCAUUUUGUUUUUAGGAUUUUUAAAAAUUUUCUAAAUUUUUAGUUGUUUUAAAUUAAAUUCCACAGUUAACAGGUUAAGACAGGCGAUCGUUACUACAUAUACACCAAGGGUGCCAAAUCGGUGCGCACGGACACUCUAGUGACAUACUCUUUACGAAAAGUUACCCCAAUACCUACAUUUACCUGUUUGUAAUUUGCUAUUCGCUAAUACAGUUACACGUGACCAAUUAAAACCAUAAACAAAAUCCCUGGCGAGAGAUUUCAUCUUGCGCCUGUGUCAUCCUGUGUCUUUACUCAUGAACAACGCUUACAAAGUAGUAAAUACACAAAACAGCCAUCUUUGCCUGCGGCGGCGUUAUGGGCUGCCCGUACGUGCAAGUGGACGGAUAAGCCUGUUUUAUGGUCCCCAUACAACCUACAAGUGAUGAGUUUGAAUCAUCCAAAGUUUCAUGAUACAUGUUGCUCUUAAACAAAAAGUGAAAAAGUCUCAAACCCGUCGCUUGUUGCGAUGCUUGCAUCGUCGCAUAUUUCAGCGUGUAUGGGGCCCUUUGGAGUAACCGUGGACAUAAAAUAAGCAUACAAAAAUUUGUUGUCUUCCAACUAAAUUAUUAUGGAUAAAAUUAGUUCUAUCAAGCACAGUCGCGAAAGAAAUCACAGGACAGGGGGUUAAACACGGACAAGACACAGAUAUCUUUCCAUGAUAUUAUACAUACGUGUGUGUAUGUUCAUAGAUAUAAAUAUCGCAUUUUAGUUACGGACGAGGUACGCAGAAAUCGCCAUCUUCCAAAAUGUAAAGACGCGUCCCUUAUUUUCCAAAGGGUCGAAUAUGAUGAAUCAAUUUGAAAUUAAUUUUAUUUGUUGAAUGGCUAGAACGAUAAUACAUUUACAUAAUCCAUUAUGUUCCGAUUGUCAUUCUUAUUUCUUAUUGUUGUAUUUAUUUUUGAUACUGAAACUGUUUUUAAAUUACACACGCAUUGGAUAUGAAGUAUUUUUUACCAUCAUUAAGGUAUAAAUACAUAUUUUCAGUUUUUAAAUUAAUUUAUGUAUUUAAAGUAUCUAUGUAGAUAUCCUUGAGUCAUAUCAGAACUUGAAUGAAAACGACAUUUUACGAGAACUUUAGGAUAUACCGGUUUAACCCUUUUGUCCCAAAUGAUACACAUAGGUACCACGAACAAUUGAAAUUGCAAAGUUAGAAAACGCCUUAAAGAUAAAGGAUAAUUGUACCACGCGGGGUUCUCUAUUUGUGGCUGAUAGUUUAAGUGAUAAUUAUUAUUAUUAUUAGGGCUUGUCUCAUUUCUUUGAUUGAAAAGCUUCAAUCUCACUUAACAGCAGCUAUUCUUGGCUCUCUCUUAGAAGAAAAAAUAUAUAUUCAGGGACAAAAGGGUUAAAUAGAAUUUGUGUUGAACCGUUUAGAAUAUUUAAGAAUCUUCGGUGUUUUCUCUUUUUUGAGGAUUUGGAACGUAUUAAUUAUUACUGGCAAUGAUAUUUUUUAAAGUGGAAAAUAUCUACCGAUUUAUGUAUCAAGUGUAAUUAUUUGUAAUAUAUGUAUCUAUUAUUAUAUGCUUCCUAUUUUUCGUUAAGUGAGCGGAUUGUAACAAACUAAUAGUAACUUUAAAGAAUUGCCUAACAAAGAGAAUUUAACGUUCUUUAACGCUAGAUUUACUAAACGAGUCAAAUUGACUCACUCGAGUUUCUUGUGUCACCAUUAUUAAAUAAAUUGUUUUAUUUAUAUAAUUACUACAAUAAAAGUUAUUUGAAAUCUUAGUAACUGUAUUCUUGUGAUUUCUAUGUACAAUACAAGUUAGUCACUGUUGACUGCCUUGUACACUGCGAAAAUGACAAAUUAGCUAGGUACAGGAAUACGAGACUGAUUAGUAUAUUAUGGACUAAUCAUUGGUUAAAGUCUAAUAGAUUCAUCUUCUUUCAGACGUAUUUUCGAUGUUUCGUAAAGGUUACGACGACGUCAAAGGUGGUGUGCAAUUCUGCUAGACAGUUUGUCAUCUCCGCAAUAUAUUUCCGGCGUUAAUUGUACAACCCAAAUUCAUUUCGGUUAUUUAACCCCUUCAAGCCUGAAUUUUCUUUAAUUCAACUGAAAAUAUUGUAUUAUCAUUUUUGUUUAAUAACAAUAUUUCAUUAUCAUAUUUUGAAAAUAUUUUUUUAUCAGAUUUUUGUUAUGCUCUCCUUGUAGCAUACCAAGUGUGAAGGGGUUAAAUGAAAAUAUAACUAAAAAAGAUAUGUGUACAUUAAAAUUAAAUUAAUCCUAGAUCACUAAACUAUAUUCCUUUGAGUAACAUUUUUUAAUAUCAUAUCAACGGAAGGAAGAGUAACUUUGCGAUUUCUUUUUAAAUAAAUAAUACAGAAAAUAUAAAUAAAUCAGAUUACAUAAUAAUAUAAUAAAUUAAACCGCAUAAAUAAUAGAUAAGAUUUUUAUUUCGAUGAAAAACUAAUAAUAUAGGGUUUAAGUUGAAACGAAAUAGGUAUUUGAAGAAUGUUUAAAAACGUAAAGAUGGCGAUAUUCAUGUUGUUCCGUUGUUUGCGACAAAAUGCAGUUUCUGCGACAAGAAUGCGACAAACGCAUUACCUAUCGUCAACAACACAUACGCACAUAAUGUAUCCUACACGAGUCCCAGAGAUUCUGCAGUUUUCACUUCGCCUUUCUUUCCGAUAUAGGGGACACGUGGUAUACCUUACUUGUGAAGGGAAUACAUCAAGUUGGGGAACCUUUCAACCAGCACACGCCGAUUUUGUUAAAACUUAUGCGAGACAUAUUUCUCAAGAAAAUAUUUGACACAUAUUUUUUCUUAUCGGCCAACAUCCACUUUGAAGGGAUGAAAACACCCCUCAAAGUUGUGGGUUGAAAGUAUAUUUUUUACAAUAUCUGUAAAAGUAGGGUGUGUAGAAUGGAAAUUUUUUUUUAAUACUAAAACUACCAGACGAGUCAAAUUGACUCAUUUCUAAAUUCUUCUUUCCCAAUUACUGACAAUAUAAUAGAUGCUUCUUUGAGAAAUUAUUAAAGAAAUUGAUUUAGUAAUAUGCAACUAAAUCAUGAGUCAUUUUAAGUUUCAGUGGCUGCACUCUUAGAGUUCCUAUAGGAAAACUUGAAAAAGACAAUUUGACUGCUCGGUAGUUUUACUGUUAAAUUAGUAUGAACUAUGUUUCACAUAAGUUACAUCAAAAUCGGUUGUGUGCUGGUUGGAAAAGUUCCCUUGUCGGAUUCAACACUGAUUCGAGACAAACAUAGAUCUAUCAAACGAAAAGUUUUAACGGUCUAAACCGAUCUAUGUGUUCAUGUUGCCAAAGACGAGAGAUGAAGAAGAUUAUCAAUACCGGUUCGAACGCUGAACAAUACAUCACUUACGUAGAACUUCUGACUUUCUUCAGCAAUCAGCUCGUUAAUUGAAAGCAGAAGAAUAAACGAUUGUAUAAAUAUUUUAAUUGUAACUUCCUUGACGGAUUUUUAACUUUCAAGGUAUUGUACGAAGAGACAAUUAUUAAACGUAAAUUGUAUUAAAUGAAUUAUGUAGGUAAAAUAAAGUUCUUAUGUAAAACAAAAAGACUCGCAGUCUAGUUAUAAUUUUCAAAUAAAGACCACUAUGUCAUGUGUAUGUUUCAGUCAGAUUUUUAACCCCUUGUUCCACGAUUUAUUUCUCAACAAUGAUUGAUACAACUACAUUGUUAUUAAUAAUUUAUUGAAAAAAAGAGAAAAAUUCUAGGCAUGUUAUAUGUCUACGUAUGAGGUCGAAAUCGCGGAACGAAAGAAACCGAAGGUGUGGAGGCCAGGACAGAAAUUGAACGUACUCAAAAUUAAAAUAAAUCAAUAACACGUAGAAGAAGAAAGAAACACAUAGUGACGAAGUACAUAGAUUAUUUGUGAAAUAGUUGAAAAGAAGAACCUCUAAUGAAAGAGAUACAAUAUUAUAUAUAAUAAUACAUAAAGAUUACAUCCUCUUCCUUACGCGACAUUUUUUAAACUGACAAUAUUUUCGCCACUAAUAUGCUAUUUACCAUUACGAUCGUUAAUUUAAUACGGUACUAUUAAACCUUUACGGUUUUAAUCCUAAACCCUUGGCACCCCAAAGUUUUUCGAAGAAAAAUAUACAUAAAUUAAAGAACAAAGCUACUUUAUUUCAAUAUUUCAUAUGUUGAUGCAUCAUACAAAAGUUAAUAUUAUACAUAAGACUUUAUAAUUUUGCUAUAUUAAAUCAAGUGGUGACUGAUAGUCAUUUCUUGAGUGCAAAGGGUUAAAAGAUAAACCUAACAACGAAAUGGGCCUCAAGCAUCUCAUCUAUGUAAAUGACAGGCAAAACUGACCGAAGAGAUGUUACUUAGAUCUCAAAUACUUCUUCCAGGUAUUAUUUGUAAAUAAAACAAACUAGAUCAUUGGAAAGGUGUAUUUGCAUGUUAGUACCUAGAUUAUUUUUAUUGAUUAAUUUCUAGUGAAUCGUGAAGAAGGUUUGACUCACAAUGGAGUUCACGUGGUUGUGACGGUGCAUCGAUCGGUACUCGAAAUUUUGGUCCAGGCGAUGUUCGAGGGGUUAACGAGACUGCUCGCGAUUAAUUUCGAAAUUGAAUGGUUCACCGGGUUCGCUCUGCACGCGUUCCAGCUGUCAACCGGGACAACGAUAGUUUUAAUCCUGCCCGCGAUCGUGUAAAGGGGUGGGUCCGGUGUUCGGGAUCGAAACCGAAUGGAUUUAUGGAAAUUACAAAGUCCACAAGAACAUCAAAGCGUACCUGAGCGAGCGAGUGUAUCUAUUUUGCGCUUCAACGAACAGGCUACAAUUAACUACUUGCCUUAUAGCGUCGAGUCGGACACGUGGCGAAGAAUUUUAAUUGAAUUUGAUCAAUGGCAGGAUUUUACAGUUCGAAUCAAAUGAAUUACACUUCCAACGGUUUUCAACAUUUUUCACGGUAAUCGCGGAAGCAGACGGCCAAAACGUAAUUUAAUAAUAACUUUUAUUAGCUACUAAGGUAUGUACAGAUAUAUUAAGUAAAUAAAUAUUAAAAGCUUGUAUUUACUCCUUUUGCUUGUGUUAUGGCAUUCACCACUUUACGGCAUACUGCGUAUGCAUUUGGUAAUCAUAUCUUUAAUUUUGGGAUGAUUUUGUUGAAUUUUGACAAUUUUUGUUGUUAAACCUGUUACUAUAGUUGUAGGUGAUGCGUAUGCAAGAGAAAAUAAAUUCUGAAUGCCGGAACAUUAUUUAUAAUAAUAUGGAUAUUAUUACCAUGGAAAUAUGUAAUAUGUAUGUACAUCCUCAAGUAGUUAAUAAAAAUGCAUAUGCUAUUAUGCGUCUAUGAAUAUUGAAAUUUUACAGUGAAUCUAGUAAUAAGCAUAUAAUGUAACGGUAUCUAACACUUAUGGAACACUUGAUUUGAAAAGCUUGCCAAAACGAAUGAUAUGCAUUUUUUUCAACGAAACCUUCAUCAAAACACGAAGAAAUUAAUAAAUGUUCAUACACUGAUUCAUAAUGAUGGAAUUUAAAUGCCUUCAAACUAGGGUAAAAAAUGUAAAUAAAGUCAAAAACAGCAAUUUGAAAAAAUGGCUCUUAAUAUGGAACAUUUAGGUAAUUUGUAAAUCAAACUCAUUUUUAUCACAAGAAAAUCAAUUUGGUCUAAAAUAUUCCAAUGCUUUGAACAUUUAUGCAAAACGCGCGCACACACUCGUCGCGUCAUUCAUCUAUUGCACGCACGUCCAUUACUCAUCAAUAUAUCCAUUCUCACACUCGAAUACAUCCAUUCUCGCAUAUAUAAUAUUACUAAAGAAAAACAAACAUGUUCAAUGAUAAAUCGUGUAAAUAUAAAAUUUUUUGGUGUACCUAUAUUAAGAAAUUUGACUAGUUGACUCGUGUUUCAGAAAAUUUAACGUACCAUCAAACGCAAUAAUGCUUCGCAUUCAAUGACAGGUUCUUAAUUGAUGUUAUAUAUUAAUAUGAUUGUUUUAUAUUAUUAAAGAAGUCUUUCCCAUGGUAACUGACACAUCAAGCUACUUAUUUCCGAAAUAUUGUGGUGUUCCAUAUUAGGCGUCGUUGGCUUACGUAGUGUGCCUCUUUAAUCUACAAAUGCAAUUAUUUUCUGAAAUAUUCGUCAUUUAAAUAAUCUCAAAUGCAGUUUCUUCGGUGUCAUCUCUUUGAAAUACAACAUAGAGUCAGACUCAUGAGGAAUUUUUGAAACGGAAAUUACAAGAAUUAAACAUCACUCAA